AGUAUCGUAGCGAACGUGGAAUUGUCUUGUUGUGAUAACGGUUUUUUUAUCAACGAAAUAUAGAAUUGCUGACAUCCAGUUUGUGUUUGUCGAUUGUUUAAGGAAUUAUUGACAUGGGCUAUGGACGAGCAACCAGUAAAUAUGAGCCUAAGGCCCUCACGUUGUUCGCAGCAGAGCUGCUUGGGACUGCUCUCUUGAUGUUUCUGGGCUGCAUGGGAUGUAUUCCAGAAGUGGACAGCCCUGCAGCAUUCCAUCAUCUAUCUUCGCUUUCUUUCGGAUUAGUGAUAUUACUCAUAAUUCAGGCCUUCGGACACAUAUCAGGAGCUCAUCUGAAUCCAGCAGUCACGAUAGCAGCUGUUCUGAUGAGAAUGAUGAGCCCUCUCCUGGGAGUUAUCUACGUAGCAGCUCAAUUCAUUGGAGCCUUACUUGGUUUUGCUUUAUUGAAGAUUUUGAUCCCGGAAGACUACAUCAACGACGGUUUAUGUAUGACCAGUCCUCACAAACUCAUCACCACCAUGCAAGCCCUGGCCAUCGAGAUCAUCAUCACGGCAGUACUUAUCAUAGUGAUACUGGCUGUUUGGGAUAAAAGGAAUGCUGACAAGCCUGACUCGGUGGCUAUCAGAUUCGGUUUCGUGAUUGCUGCCAUUUCCAUGGUUGCGGGUCCACUGACUGGAGCUAGCAUGAACACAGUUAGGUCAUUUGCUCCUGCUGUAUUACUCGGAAAUUUUAAAGACCAUUGGAUCUACUGGGUGGGUCCCAACUUAGGUGCCAUCAUAGGAUAUGGCAUUUACAAGUAUCUAUUCUCCAUUCCGGAAGAUGAGGAUGAGGACUCAAUAGAUGAAACAAUCGGUUUAGAUGAAGUGAAACCUGAAAAAUUGUGAUCGCAUAGAUAACUAUGCUGAAACUUUGAACAUGAAACGUCUCCUAAUAUUCAUAUUGUGAAGGAAAACGUUUACAUGUCAGACAUUGUUUGUAGUGAUAUUCCGUGACAUAUUGGCAGCAAGCAAAAAAACUUUUAGUUCUCAGGAUUAUUCAUUUAUUUCACCUGAAGAUGAAGCGAAGUUUCAUUGCCAGAGUUUUUUAUGUAUAAUGCUAACAGGUAAUUGAUGAUAGUGGAGUAACUCAUAUUUUAUACACUUUCUCCACUUUACAAAACUGUUAUACUUAGGUGAAGUACCUAUCUAUAUUUUUUGUGGAUAUACUAUAUGAAAACAAUAAACCUAAUGGAUUUUAUGAGUUCGCUGGGGGAAUUCGAUAGGAAAAUCAGAUCAAAUUGUUUAUAUACCAUGUAUAUGUAUAAUAUGAACAUUUAUAUAUUUUUACAACAAAAACAUUUCGUUAGUGAAAGUAACAAAAAUGAUACCGUUAUUGAAAGAGAUAAAAUCACUUAAUGGCUCCAAAAUUGUUUAUAUUCUAUUCUACUGCUCAUAAAAUGUGAGUAUUGAUGAGACUAUAAUGACUUGCUGAGAAGCAACUAUUGAAUAAUGUCUACAACUUUCGGCAUUUGAAUGAAAAAAGAUGUCCGCAAAUAUAGAUUUUUGAAUUGUGUGUAAUAUUUCAUCAACAUCGCCUUUUUAUUCUAUCAAAUAUACAGAGUCACACGAAUUUAAGAAUAUUGAUCUAAGUAUCGAUACCGACAAUUAUUUAUUUGUUGAUGAUUAUUUCCAAAUUGUAAAUAAAAUCUUUUUUAUAUGC